AUGGAUGCAGCAAAGAAAGAUGCUCCUCCUGGGGGCGAUGUCGGGAAGACAGACACCAUGGGGUCGACCGGCUCAGCCAGAAAAAGAGGAGGGGGGGCCAAGAAGGCAAUGCAGGCCAACAAGUCUGCCCUCCGAGCCCCCCGAGCCCUCUGCUGCCUUACUCUCAGCAACCCCAUCCGCAUGGCAGCGCUGGCCCUGGUCGAGUGGAAAUAUCCUCCCUUUGAUAUCUUCAUUCUCCUCGCCAUCUUUGCCAAUUGUGUGGCCAUGGGUGUCACAAAGCCGUACCCUGACGAUGACUCCAAUGCCACCAAUCACCAACUGGAACAAGUCGAGUACGUCUUCCUCGUCAUCUUCACCAUCGAGACCUUCACUAAAAUCCUCGCCUACGGCUUAGUCAUGCACCCCAGCGCUUACAUCCGCAGCGGAUGGAACUUGCUUGAUUUCGUCAUCGUCAUAGUCGGGUUGUUCAGUGUGAUAGCAGAGGCCAUGACGGACCAUAAACCAGGAGAGGCUCAUCACGCCGCAGGAAAACCCGGAGGCCUGGAUGUCAAAGCCCUCAGAGCGUUCAGGGUGUUACGACCUCUUCGACUCGUAUCUGGAGUGCCGAGUUUACAAAUUGUGUUGAACUCCAUCAUGAAAGCCAUGGUCCCCCUCUUGCACAUCGGUAUGUUGGUCAUGUUCGUCAUCAUCAUCUACGCCAUCAUCGGUUUGGAGCUUUUUAUCGGGAGGAUGCACAAGACGUGCUACUCCAUGAGCACAGGUCUGAUGGUGGAAGAUGACCCGUCACCUUGUGCUUUCGCCGGGAACGGGCGCUUUUGCGACUGGAACGGGACGGAGUGCAGGGGAAAGUGGGAGGGGCCUAACGGAGGCAUCACAAACUUUGACAACAUCUUCUUCGCCAUGCUGACGGUCUUCCAAUGCAUCACUAUGGAGGGCUGGACAGAUGUUCUCUACUGGAUGAACGAUGCCAUUGGCUUUGAGAUUCCAUGGGUUUACUUUGUCUCUCUGGUCAUCUUCGGAUCCUUUUUCAUCAUCAACCUCGUAUUGGGAGUGUUGAGCGGAGAGUUCUCCAAAGAGAGAGAAAAGGCCGUGGCACGAGGUGAGCUGCAGAAGGCGCAGGAGAGCAAGCAGAUGGAGGAGGACAUGAUCGGCUACAUGGACUGGCUCAUCGAGGCCGAAGAUGUGGAUGAAGAAGGAAACAAACGUGCUGCCAUUGCAAAGAAAAAGAUGAUGAAGAAGUUUGGAUGGUACAAACGCAGUGAGGAUGGAGGAGAGUCAGACUCAGACGAUGAUAUAGCAUACCUGGAUGAUGACAGCGGCUUCUGUGCUUCUCUCAUGGCAAAGAUGAUGGCCAACAGCUUCUGUGACCAGUUGUGUCAGCUGAAUCACACGUUCAGGAAGAACUGCCGCGUUGCCGUCAAGACCACAAACUUCUACUGGUUGGUGCUUCUGCUGGUGUUUCUCAACACAGUGGCGAGUGCCUCCGAGCAUUACGGACAGCCGAAGUGGCUCACAGAAAUGCAAGAGCGAGCCAACAAGAUCCUGCUGAUGCUCUUCACUCUGGAGAUGUUGAUGAAGAUGUAUGCCUUCGGCCUGCAGAUCUAUUUCAUGGCUCUGUUUAACCGCUUUGAUUGCUUCGUGGUGUGCGGCGGCAUCCUGGAGACGCUGCUGGUAGAGAUGGAUAUCAUCCCACCAAUCGGCAUCUCUGUGCUGCGCUGCAUCCGACUGCUCAGGAUAUUCAAGAUGACUCGGCACUGGGCUGCUCUGUCCGACCUGGUCAACUCGCUGCUGAACUCCAUGAAAGCUAUCUGCUCCCUUCUACUCCUGCUCUUCCUCUUCCUCAUCAUCUUCGCCCUGCUUGGCAUGCAGCUGUUUGGAGGCAAAUUCAACUUUGACGAGACUCAGAUGAAGAGAAGCACUUUUGACUCCUUCCCUCAGGCCCUGCUCACUUGUUUCCAGAUCCUCACCGGAGAGGACUGGAACGCUGUGAUGUACGACGGCAUUAUGGCGUAUGGAGGGCCGAUCUUUCCCAACAUGGUGGUCUGCGUUUACUUUGUCAUCCUGUUCGUCUGUGGUAACUACAUCCUGCUCAAUGUCUUCUUGGCUAUCGCUGUCGACAACUUGGCAGGAGGCGGCGGGAAGACAAAAGUCGAAGAGAAAAAAGAAGAAGAAGAAGAGUGGGACGAGGAUGAUGAGAAGGAAGAUGAAGACGCAGGGAAUGAGGAGGAUGACUGGCAGGAGAACGAGGAGCUGAGGGCCAUCGAGGGUCUGGAGGGAGUCGCUCCUUUAAAGCCCGAGUUCUCAGGGCCCAAAGAGAAGAUCGUCCCAAUCCCUGAUGGAAGCUCCUUCUUCAUUCUUGGAAAGAAAAACUGUUUGCGCGUUGCCUGCCAUAACCUCAUCCAUCACCCCUACGUCACCAACUUCAUCCUCGUCUUCAUCAUCCUCAGUAGCAUUUCCCUGGCUGCUGAGGAUCCAAUCAAAUCCCACUCAUUCAGAAACAUAGUGCUCGGCUAUGCUGAUUAUGUUUUCACGUCGGUUUUCACAGUGGAGAUUAUUCUAAAGAUGACUGUCUACGGCGCAUUCCUGCACUCGGGCUCCUUCUGCAGAAAUGCUUUCAACCUUCUCGACCUGCUGGUUGUCAGCGUGUCGCUCACAUCUUUCUUUCUACAUUCGAGUGCGAUCUCCGUGGUCAAGAUUCUCCGAGUGCUGCGAGUGCUCAGGCCUCUUCGAGCCAUCAACAGAGCCAAGGGCCUGAAGAACGUGGUGCAGUGUGUGUUUGUGGCGAUCCGUACCAUCGGUAACAUCCUUAUUGUCACAACCCUCCUUCAGUUCAUGUUUGCCUGUAUAGGAGUGCAGCUCUUCAAGGGCAGAUUCUACAGCUGCACAGACGAAGCCAAACACACUCCAGAAGAGUGCAAGGGAACGUUUGUGGUCUUUAAAGACGGCGACAUGAACCACCCCAUGGUGAAAGAGAGGGUUUGGGAAAACAGUGAUUUCAACUUUGAUAACGUGCUGAUGGGCAUGCUGGCUUUAUUCACUGUGUCCACAUUUGAAGGCUGGCCGCAGCUCCUUUACCGCGCCGUGGAUGCCAACGCCAUAAACCGAGGGCCCAUUUACAACUACCGAGUGGAAAUCUCAAUCUUCUUCAUCAUCUACAUCAUCAUCAUCGCCUUCUUCAUGAUGAACAUCUUUGUGGGUUUCGUCAUCAUCACAUUUCGGGAGCAAGGAGAGGCUGAAUUCAAAAACUGUGAACUCAACAAAAACCAACGUCAGUGUGUGUACUACGCUCUCAAAGCUCAGCCUAUAAAGAUCUACAUCCCUAAAAACCCUUCCCAACUCAAAUUCUGGAGACUCAUCAACUCCAGCCAGUUUGAAUACAUCAUGUUUGUGCUGAUUCUGGGAAACACCCUCACUCUGGCCAUUCAGCAUUACGAGCAGUCCAAACUCUUCACCUCCAUCAUGGACCUCUUAAACAUGAUCUUCACCGUGGUGUUCACCAUAGAGAUGAUCAUCAAGCUGCUGGCUCUGCGUGCUCAUCAUUACUUUAUCGACCCGUGGAACUCAUUCGAUGCUUUGAUUGUCGUGGGCAGCGUGUUGGAUAUUGCCAUCUCUGAAUUAAGUGGAGGAGGCGGCCACGGAGAGGUGAGAGGUAAAGGAGAGAGUGGAAAGGUUUCCAUCACGUUCUUCCGUUUGUUCCGAGUGUUGCGGUUGGUUAAACUGCUCAGCAAGGGAGAAGGAAUCCGAACGCUGCUCUGGACUUUUGUCAAAUCUCUUCAGGCCCUGCCUUACGUUGGUCUCCUCAUUGCAAUGAUCUUUUUCAUCUAUGCUGUGAUCGGCAUGCAGACGUUUGGGAAAGUGGCCAUUGAUGACGACACACAUAUAAACAGGAACUGCAACUUCCAGACUUUCUUCAUGGCCGUUCUGGUGCUCUUCAGGUGUGCCACAGGAGAGCAGUGGCAGGAGAUUAUGUUGGCAGCUCUGCCCGGCAGACGGUGUGACCCAGAGGCCGACACGGAGCCUGGAGAAGAGUUCACCUGCGGGAGCAACUUGUCCUACAUCUAUUUCAUCAGCUUCUUCAUGCUCUGUGCAUACCUGAUCAUCAACUUGUUCAUUGCUGUCAUCAUGGACAACUUUGAGUACCUGACGAGGGACUGGACCGUGCUGGGUACUCACCACCUGGACGAGUUCAAGAGAGUUUGGUCUGAUUACGACCCCGAGGCCACGGGUCGAAUAAAACACAACGAUGUUGUCACAAUGCUGAGAAGGAUUCAGCCUCCUCUUGGUUUUGGUAAACUGUGUCCUCAUCGUGUCGCCUGCAGAAGAUUGGUUGCCAUGAACGUCCCCUUGCACACUGAUGGGACAGUCACCUUCAGUGCUACUCUGUUUGCUCUGGUGCGAACCUCCCUCAAGAUCAAGACUGACGGUCCUAUCGACCAGCAGAAUGAGGAACUGAAGCUGAUCAUUAAGAAGCUCUGGAAGCGCACCAAACCCAAGCUCAUUGAUGAAGUCAUUCCUCCCCCUAGAGGGGAUGAGGUGACUUGCGGGAAGUUUUACGCAAGUUUCUUGAUUCAGGACUAUUUCAAGAAGUUCCGUAAGAGGAAGGAGAGGGAAAGAAAAUCCAAAAGGAAGGACAAGGCUGCUUCUCUGCAGCAAGGGCUCCGGACGCUGCAGGACUUGGCUCCAGAGAUGCGUCUGGCGAUGGUCUGUGACCUUGAAGAAGAGGAGGGAGUUGAGGGGGAGAUGGCAUGUGAUGAGAUAUUCGAGAGUGAAGCUGGAACCUCAGCGCCCAACACACCCUGCACAACACCGCUGCCCCCGUUAGAAACACUGGUGGAGCAGACAUAUGUGAUGAUGGAGCCCACGGCGGACAUCGAGGCCGUGAUCACAGAGCAGGUGACGGGCCUGCAGGAGCACCAGAGACCAGGAUCAGAGCUGGCAGGCGUCAGCGUCGUCACCGAGCAGCCUGUGAAGUCUGAACCCCUGCCCAUCAGGGUGGACUCCGUCUGCGAGUCGCCCCUUCCUCCUUCUCCUCCUCCUCCUCCUCCUCCACCUCCUCCCCCAGAGAUAGUAGUUGAAGCGGAUGUCGUUGAUGGAGCAGCUGUGGCGGCUACAACCGAAGCAUCUGAGCAGGUUUACUACAGUGAAGGGGAUGCUGCAUCAGUUGACAGGUACGAGUAUCCAGAAGCUCCCUCUCCUUUACCAGCUUACCCAGAGAACAUUGAACAGAGCAACAUGGAGGAGAUUCCCUACGACACACACAUUGCAAACGACUUUGUCAGCGACGGUUAUAACGGCACCAACAUGAACGGAGGGAGUGUCGCUCCAAGCCCCGUACCCUAUAACUCAAAUGGAUAUAACGGGAAUGGAUACACAGGUUACAAUGAGAAUGGCAGCACCAUCAGCAACAAUGGUAAUGGAACUACAUACAUUGACAGUAGCAGCAAUGGGAACAGUAUCAAUGGAAAGGAGAACGGAAGCUCAGGAUUUGUCAGGCGACGGCUGCUUCCUUCCAUACCUAAAGGUCGUGCACCUGCCUUUAACUUCCAGUGUCUGAGGCCACAAAGCAGUGUGGACAACCUCCCCAUCCCUGGAAGCUACAGUAGAAGCACAACUCCAACCAGAUCCCGUUUACAGACACAGCAGAGCCUCCCAGACUCCCGACGGAGCAGUGUGUCCUCCAUGUCGACCGCCUCCUGGGUGAACACAACAGGAGCCGGGGCUACCCCUGCUCCUCCUAGGAUAAUCGCCCCCUCAGCCCGCAGGGGGAAGCUCAUCUACACACCCAUGAUCCUGGUAGACGAGGCCACAGGCACCAGCCAGCCGUUGUGGAGCGACGGCACUGCCAGCCUCCCUGUAGGAACCCGUCCUGGAUUCCAUCCAGGUCAGACCAAGACCUUCACCAGCGUGAGGAUGCCGCCCCAACACCAGAGCUUCAUAGACAAAGGCAGUGCAGACAGCCUGGUCGAAUCGAUCUUGAUCUCGGAGGGUCUCGGUAUUUACGCCAGGGAUCCAAAGUUUGUGAGCUUCGCCAAGAGGGAGAUCGCUGAAGCCUGUCACAUGAGCCUGGACGAGAUGGAGAACGCCGCUGCUGACCUCAUAGCUCGAGGCGCCAGUCAGUCGAUGUCUCGCUUUGAGGACGAGCUGGCUGAUGAAAUGAACUGUGUGAUUUCUUACUGAGAUCAGCAAAAGUGAAAUAAGUGUGUGUGUGUGUGUGUGUGUGUGUGUGUGUG